AACAUCAAUGUCUCACCUUAUAUAUACACUUCAUUCAUCUCUUCUCCUCACAAAAUAGCAACAAAUUAACUAACACAUCUUCCAACUAUAGUCUAGCCACUUGAAAAAAUGGCUAGGCAAAUACUUCAAAUUCUGAGGUUGGUUAUAAUAUUAAUUACCACCCUUGUAGCAAACCCGAGUUGGGCCAGAGAACAAGAAUUGUCUCGGGCCCAUGACCAUGCUCAUGGGUGGGCGAAAACAGUUGUAUCCGGCAAAGAGCGAACAACAACUCUUCAAUUCUACUUUCAUGACAUUGUUAGUGGCAAGUAUCCAACUGCAAUUCCGGUAGCUAAACCCAUCCAGAAAAACCCGCACGUGUCAAAUGGGUUUGGUAUUCUAGUGAUGGCGGAUGACCCGCUUACAGUAGGGCCUGACCCGAAGUCGAAGCUCGUGGGCCGGGCUCAAGGGCUUUAUGGGUCUGCUUGCCAGGAUGAAGUAGGCCUAGUGAUGGCUCUGAGUUACAAUUUUUGUGAAGGAAAAUUGAAUGGAAGCUCCAUAAGCAUAAUGGGCCGGAACUCGAUUAUGAAACGGGUAAGAGAAUUGCCGAUAGUAGGAGGAACUGGGUUUUUUCGGAUGGCACGUGGGUAUGCUUUGGCUCAAACUUACUGGCUUAAUGAUAAAGGGGAUGCCAUUGUUGGUUAUAAUGUUACUAUUGUUCAUUGAGAAUACUAAGAAGUUGCUCCUUUUGUUUCUAAUUUGUUUGUUACAAUUUUAUUAAAAUCAAAAAGUUUAAUAUUUUGAUAAAAAAAAAUUAACAUCCAUUGUAAAAUAAUGAAAAUUUUACUAUUUUGAUCAAAAGUGUGACAAAUAAACUAAAUCGAAAGUAGUAAUAUAGUUAUCGUCAUGCUUUGUAGUUUGUGUAUUAGUUACAUUUGUUUUAAGGUGUAAUCUUAAUUAUAUGUAGGAUUUGCUUUGCUAACAUCAUAAUUCUAAAAAGUAACUAUGAUGCAUUGCAAACAAUUAAUUGUCAAUUUGUCGCUACUUAAAAUGUCCAAAAAACUCUUGCAAUAA